AUGCCUGAGGAAGCCGUCCCUGAGGCUGCCGAGAAGGAGGCCGCCGCCGAGCGAGACACCCGCAUCACCUUUCACAAUGCGGACCACCCUCGUCUCGCUCGCGGUCGCUCCAACGAGGCUCGCGGCCGCGGCGACGAGGGCUCUCGCUCUCGUUCCCGCCGCCGCUCGAUGAGCCGCGGCUCCAACAUGUCCCGCUCGGAACUUCCUGCCUCCCCCUACAGCGGCAUCCAGAUCGAGUACCGGACGCUGUCCAUCAACGUCGCCGAGUCGCGCGCCAUCGACACCGAGGAGUCGUCGACGGACCUCAAAGGAGGCGCGGCCGGCAUCAAAAAGGACAAGGCCGACGAGGACUACUUUGCCAACCUCAACUACCACGAGCUCUCGACGGACCAGAUUGCCCAGCAGCUCAACGUCUCCCGCGCCGAUGGCCUCUCGGACAGCAUGGUGGCCAACCGCCAGCAGCGCGACGGCCGCAAUACCCUCCCCAAGGCAAAGACCAACUACUGGAAGAAAGUCCUCGGCUACGUCUUUGGCGGCUUCUGCUCGGUGCUCUGGGUCGGCGUCGUCAUCUUCUUCGUCUGCUGGAAGCCGCUCAGCAACCCGCCGUCGCCCGUCAACCUCGCCCUCGCCAUCCUCGUCAUCAUCGUCAUCGCCCUCCAGGCCGGCUUCUCCGCCUUCCAGGACUGGUCGACGCAGCGCACCAUGAAGUCCAUCACCGACCUCCUCCCCUCCGAAGCCCUCGUCGUCCGCGACGGUCAGACGAUCAAGAUAUCCGCGACGGAGCUCGUCGCCGGCGACAUUGUCCACCUCCAGAUCGGCAACAAGGUCCCGGCUGACCUGCGCAUCCUGAGCCACUCGGGCGACAUUCGCUUCGACCGUUCCGUGCUCACUGGCGAGUCGGACGAGGUCGAGGGCGCCGUCGACAUGACGGAUCAGUCGUUCCUGGAGAGCAGAAACAUUGCGCUCAUGGGCACGCUGGUCGUCAACGGUAGCGGUGUUGGCAUUGUCGUCCUCACAGGUUCGCGCUCCGUCAUGGGCCGCAUCGCCAAGGCGACUGCUUCCACCGAGGAGCGUCCUACCCUGAUUCAGAGAGAAAUCUGGCGCUUCGUUCGCAUCAUUGUCUGCCUCACCAUCGUCCUGGCUCUUCUGAUUCUCUUCACCUGGGUCGGCUGGCUCCGUCGUGAUCACCCCGCAUACAUGAACGUUGUUGCCAUGCUCAACAAUGUCAUGGGCUGCGUCGUCGCCUUCAUCCCCGAGGGUAUGCCCGUCGGUGUUGCUCUGACCCUGAUGAUGGUUGCCCGCCGCAUGAAGGCCGUCAACGUCCUGCCCAAGGGUCUCUCCACCGUCGAGACUCUUGGCUGCGUCAACGUCAUCUGCUCCGACAAGACCGGCACCCUGACCCAAAACGAGAUGCACGUCAACUCGUCGGCCUUUGUCGACCAGCCCAUCCCCGUCACGGAGAUUCAGAGCAACGUGGACAGCGAGACCCCCGACGCCUGCAACCGCAGACUCAUGCAGGCUGCUCUUCUCUGCAACGAUGCCACCUUUGACCCUUCCACCGCCGCCCUUCCCGUUGCCGCCCGCCAGGUCCAGGGCAAUGCCACCGACGCUGCCGUUCUCAAGUUUGCUGCCGCCACCCGGCAGAGCGAGGAGGAGGCGGCCAAGAUGCCCCGUGUUUUCCAGAUCCCCUUCAACUCCAAGAACAAGUACAUGCUUACUGUUCACUCCAACGACGACGAAAAGGAAUCCAAGCAGUACCGCGUCUUUGUCAAGGGCGCUCCCGAUGUGCUUCUCCCCGCCUGCACCUCCUACUGGUCACGCAAGGCCAACGCCGUCGUCGAGCUCGAUGCCGCUGCCAAGGUGGCCUUUAAGGAAUACCAGGACGGACUGUCGAGAAACGCCGAGCGUGUCAUCGUUCUCUGCGAAAAGACGGUCACGCCUGUCAACGCCAUCAACACAAACGCCUUUAGCGACGAGAUUGCCGCCGGCGCCAUGAGCAACCUCACCGUGAUUGGCAUCCUCGGCAUCAUCGACCCUCCCCGUCCCGAGACGGCCGAUACCGUCCGCGAAUGCCGCCGCGCCGGCGCCCGCUUCUUCAUGGUGACUGGCGACUACGGCCUAACCGCGGCUGCCAUUGCCCGCAACACUGGCAUCUUCACCAGCGAGCGCGACCCCGACACGAUUGAGAGAAUCCACUCCAAGCUCGGCCUCUCCUCGCAGGAGCUUCGCACCGCUCGUGAGAAUGGCGAGAUCCGCAGCCUGCUCCUCGAGGGCCACUCUCUCACUGGCCUGUCCAACGAUGACUGGGAGAUUAUCUGCGAGUACGGCGAAAUUGUCUUUGCUCGUACGACUCCUGAGCAGAAGCUUCGCAUUGUUGAAGAGUUCCGCAAGCGUGACAAUGUCGUCGCCGUUACUGGUGAUGGUGUCAACGACGCUCCCGCCCUUCGCGCCGCCGACGUUGGCGUCGCCGUUGUGACUGGCAGCGACGUCGCUAUCGAAGCGGCCGACCUGGUUUUGCUCGACAAGUUCGACUCCAUCAUCGAGGCCAUCCGCCUUGGUCGUCUUGUGUUCCAGAACUUGCAGAAAGUUAUUGCCUAUCUCCUGCCCGCCGGUAGUUGGUCCGAGAUCUGGCCGGUUCUUCUGAAUGUGUUCUUUGGUGUUCCUCUGCCUCUGAGCUCCUUCCUGAUGAUUAUAAUCUGCGUCUUUACCGAUCUGUUCCUGUCGCUGUCUCUCAUUAUGGAAAAGGAGGAAUUUGACCUGUUGUCACUGCCUCCUCGCAACCACAAGCGCGACCACCUCAUCACCAUCAGAAUUUACAUCCAGGCCUACCUGUUUACUGGUUUCAUGGAGACCACCAUUGCUCAUUCCAUGUUCUUCCUCUACUACUGGAAGCAGGCGCGCAUUCCCAUCCGCGAAAUGUUUUUCCUGUUUGAGGGCUACUCGGAAGGCUUCCAUGGGUAUUCGCAGGAGGAGCUCACACACCUCAAUGCUGUCGGUCAGAGCAUCUACUUUGUUACGCUGGUCAUCCUUCAAUGGGGCAACGUUCUCUCGGUGCGCAACCGUCGCCUCAGCAUCUUCCAGGCCGAUCCCUUCACCGCCAAGCGUCGCAAUCCCUGGCUGAUUGUCAGCAUCCUCAUUUCUUUGGCCAUUGCCAUCUUUGUCACCGAGGUGCCCGGCAUCCAGAAUCUGUUUGGUACGGCUUCGGUGCCCAUCGAGUUUUGGCUGAUUCCUCUACCUCUGGCGCUGAGCAUCCUGGCUAUGGAUGAGGUUCGCAAGCUGGUUGUCCGCGUCUUCCCCAACGGACCCAUUGCAAAGAUUGCAUGGUAG